GGUCUGGUAUGUUAUGUGCUAUAGCAGUGUAGACGGCUUAGCACCGCUGUAUGCUUAUGUAAGUCACGUGUGUUUUUCUACUACAGUGAUAAUUUGAACAGGCACCUGUUUUUGGAAGAACGUCUCGAUGGCAGAAGUAAAAAAAUCUCUAUCGUUCCAAAUCAGCGGCUGUUCUUUGUCUGCACAAGAUCUCCUCAGAUUAAAGGCGCCAAUCAAGUACGGAUUUCUCAGGAAAAAACCCAAAAAGAUGAACAUUGGUAAAUGGCGAACCAAAUUCGUUGUCCUUCUAAAGGAAUCUGUUUACAUUUACCAAGACGAGACGUCUAAAGUCGUGUCGAAGAGUUUUAGCUUAAAGGGCUAUAACCGCGUCAAGAGAGUUGUUUCUAAGUCCCACGAUUGGUGUUUUGUUAUCGCCCCUGCAGGGUCACAUCCGGGGCUUAAAACAUACACGCUCUCUUGUAUCAGUGAGCAGGAAAGGAAAGAAUGGAUGCGGGCCAUCAAAUCUCAGCUACACGUUACACACAACAUCCCAGAACCAGACGAAUUAGAGAUGUCACAACAUCUUGGGGACGUGGAACAGGCUUACACACUUAUAGAAACACUUGUAUUCCCCGACGAAGGAGAAGAUGCAACAAACAAAAGCGACGAAUCAGAUUCAGAUUUGGAUGACAACCACGUAAAAACUAAAACCAAAGAGUUUUCUAAAAUUCCCCCUAGACCUCCAAGUAAAAACGGUAUUGCUGGUAUGAUGCAGAAUUUAUCCACAACAACACGGCAAAUCGCUACAAGUGUUGUAAUGCCUGACUCGAUCGCUCCAAAAAUACCACCAAGAACUGGGUCAUCCGUUGGCAAUCUGGACAAAACGUUGCAAGAACUGUCCACCACGACCAGAUAUAUCGCGACAUCUGUAGUUCUCCCUGAUGUUGUUAACCCCAAUGUCAUUUCACCCUACGCUCCAAAUGUCAUCUCACCCUACGCCCCACGGGAUUCGAACAGUAGCAACCUCUCACUUCCUGAUGACACGUCACUAGAUAAACCUACAAAACCUACUCAACCAUCCGAUAAACCUCCAACCGUCCCACGUCGCACUUACCUCCCCAAAACCAACUCCCCUUACGUCAACUGGCCUAUGACCCUUGAAACCAUGGCAACUGUACAAGAGUCACAUCCGGACCCUGAUCACCUAACUCGGAUGCUGCAAUCCACGCGAGAAUACGGCACCUACAUGAUCCGGGCCACAAAACCCGGUCACGUGGUCUUGGCUUUUCUGACGCCCAUUUUCCAAGUGAAAGAGUUCAAAGUUCACGAACAAGCUGGUCGGUUUUCGUUAGAUCAAUCCAACUAUUUACCAUCCAUUGAAGACUUGUUAGAGCAUUACUCGCACGACGAACCACUACCUAACACAGAUCACUAUCUUAGGCAGGGGUACUACGCUGUUAUAUUAGGGCAUACCAGAUCUCCUAGCUGAUGAUACCUUGUAGUUUAUGUUUCAUAGUAUAUAUUUCAUGUACGAUGGGGCGGAGCUAGAUGGCUAACCCGAAAGUCUCGAGUUCGAAUCCGGGUUCAAAUCAGCAAAGCGUCCUUGAGUUCACCCAGCUCUGAUGGGUAUCUCUCACG